AUGUGCACGUCAGUUAUCCUGGGUCGGAACCAGCUCAUGUAUGCGGGCAAGUGGUACCUGGUGGCUUCUCAAAAACGUUGCAUUUUUCCCUUCAACCCCUUCGUGACCUCGGACCGCAGCAAAAACCGCAAACGCCACUUCCACGCCCCCUCGCACGUGCGCCGCAAGAUCAUGGCCUCCCGGCUCUCCUAGGAGCUGCGGCAGAAGUACAGCGUCCGCUCCGUGCCCAUCCGCAAGGGCGACGAGGUCCAGGUGGUUCGAGGACACUACAAAGGUCAGCAAAUCGGCCAGGUGGUCCAGGUGUACAGAAAGAAAUACGUCGUCUACAUCGAGCGGGUGCAGCGUGAGAGGCUACCGGCCCCUGUCCACGUGGGCAUUCACCCCAGCAAGGCGGUUAUCACCAGGCUAAAACUGGACAAAGACCGGGAAAAAAUUCUUGAACGCAAAGCCAAAUCUCGACAAGUUGGAAAAGAAAAAGGCAAAUAUAAGGAAGAACUUAUUGAGAAAAUUCAGGAAUAA